ACGGGGCGGCCACGGGGGUGCCGGGCCCUGCCGGGGGUACCGGCCACACGCCCUCCCGAGCGGGGAGGGGCGCCGCCCGCACUCCCGCCACGUGGGGCUGUGGGAGCUGCGGCUCUGCCGGACAGCAGCCCCGUCGGGGCAGCGCUCGGGGUUCCUCCUGCGGGCACGGGAAAGGGCGGGCUGCCCGGCUGCCGGUUGAAACCUCUUGUGAGAUUAUUGUUCGUGUGUCAUAAUGGAUGUUACAAGGGUGAGCUUGGAUAAAAUUUCAAGGAGGCCUGCAUGUAGCUCAAGAGCCUGUCCUAUCUGUAGAUCUUUACAUACAUCCCUGGAAUUAUUAACACCAGAGCCAUGUGUGCCAAAGGUUGAUUCACCUGUCACUUUGGCUGCUAGUCAUCAAAGAGGCAGUCUAGAAGACUGCUGUCCAGAAGAAAACAAAGGUGAUGACAGAGAGAAAUCUGAUGUCAGGAAAGUAAGAACAGAUCAGCAAACCAUAGUGGAGAGUACAACCGUCUUUCUUCACAUGUGUAUUCUGAAACCCAAUGAGUUAUCAGGAUGUAUCUUUGAUUUGGAUUCUGGAGAUGAUAGCAUGGGAACACAGACUUUGGAAUUCUGUGAACCUUCCCAAGGAAAACUAAGUAGUGCAAAAGCAGCAAACUCUUCCAACCUGGAAUAUUCUGAAGAAACAGAUGUAGAUCCUCAGAUUCAAGCAUCCAGGAAGAAAAUGAAUGAACUUGACAAAAUACUGGCAAAAAUACAUCUUAAAGAGAGAGCAAUUAAAAACAAAGGCAAAGAAAUGAGGGCAAAGCUCUGGGAAGAACUUCAGUCUAUCAGAACCACUGGAAGCCAGAUGGAGGUAGAAAACACAAAACUUUUUUUAGCUUUGAACUCAUCAUGGCAGGAUACAGCUAAUCCCUCCCAUGCUAAUGAAGAUGAAAUAUGUACUUCAGUAUUUCACACAGAAAUUAAUCCAGAAGAUUAUGAUUGCCAUGAAACCCACCAUAAUCAUGAUUACCCAAGUGAAUUAGAAAGAAAUGAAUUUCUUAAUCAAGCAGAAAACAUGCAUAGCAAAAAUAAAGGCAAUCAGGAUUUCAUUAAAAAGAACGUUGAGCUAGCAAAAGAUCCAGGAAACCAGGUUGUUAUGCUUGAGAGAGAAAGGAAAAGGCUAGUUGAACUAUUGAAGGAUACAGAAGAUGGAAUUGAAUUUCAAGGUCUUGAGGAGGAUUUGUCUGGCUGGCUAGCACCAGGAGAAGGGUAUACACCUGAACUGAUGGAUUUUCACCUAAAUGAGAUAGACAUAAAGCUUCAAGUACUGCUAUCGGAUGGGGAUUUUUCUGCAAUUUCCAGCUCUUGCUCAAAACCUUCAAGCCAGAUAUAUCAGGAGCCUCUGGUUUAUGCAAACAGAAGCUUAGAAGCAGUUCCAGGUGAAAAGGUUCUGCGAGACAAUAAGGAACAACGGGAUCAACAAAAUCGUCUGAAAGAAAUAGAUCAUCAGCUGAAAUCCCUAGAGAGAAAUCUUACUGAAGAACAAACGGGCCUCUCUGAAGAGCAGCUUAAGACCCUUCUGGAAGAAUGUAUGCAGCCUCAGAGAACAAUAAGCAACGUUACCAUGCCAAAGUCUCAGGAAUCUCUUUCUUUUGGAUUAAGUCCCCCUUGUUACACAAGUCAAGACUCCACUCUUCACUCCACAUCUACUCUUUCCAAAAUGUUAGUUGAAGACCAUAUUGUAGGGAUGUUAAUGGCUCAGGAAAAGGCUGGACUUGGAGACAAAAGCUUAUGUGUUAAUGCAGAGAGUGAAAUCCCUGGCUACUAUAUCAGCAAAGCACUGGCUGAUAGUCACUUAUCAAAGGAUUCACUGGCCCAAACAGAGGAACCUGAUGACCUAGAAGGUUUACAGAAGAUGGGUGAUAAGAGUGUUACUGAAGGUUACUUUAUGUCAAGAGCACUCAACACAAAAAGGUUGAAGAAACCUUCUUUCUUGGGUGAACCAUUAUAUUGCAUCAGCAUGAACAAUGAGCCAUCCACGGAGGCUGACAUUCUCAGCAUACCACUGCAAACCAAAGGAGGUGAGACUCUUAACAACCCUUUAGAAAAGGCUUUUGAUUAUGAUGAAAAAAAGCAAGCAGGUUCUCACCAAAGGUAUGCACCAAUACACACUGGUUGUUAUGGUGAGGCAAGGAUGUAAUUUUAUAAAACAUAAAACUGGCCCAAAAAUAAUACACACAAAAUAACAGAAUGUUUAUUAAAAUUCUUGCCCUGACAUAGCUGACUAUAAGACUAGGACUCUUAUGAAAUAUAAUAUUGAUGUUGAUUAAUUCUGUCAACCGGAAAACAGUGUUGACAACACAUACGGAUUACCUUUUUGGUAGUCGAAAGUCAUGUUCACUGUUAUGUGGAGAGCAAAUAUUCUCCCAGUAGUUGGUGUAAUGAUGCACACAAACAUCCAAGUGUUUCUUGAAUUUUUUUAAUAAGGUAGACUUGGUAAUAUAGAAACAAACAUGACCUACCUACAUUAAAAAUAAUGAAUUUCUUUCAGGGAGUUCAAAUUUACACAUAGAAGAUACCAAAAUGAAUAAAUACUGCAUAGUUUCUUUAAGUUACUUUUAGUUCAAUGAAAGAAAGAAUAGACUUUAACCAACAAAAGAUUAAAUUUACUCUGUCUGGUACUAUAAAAAUAUUUUGGAAGUGUCUCUAGUUUUUAUGUCCUUUACUUAAGUGCAAUUUUUAAUAGUGAUUUUUUAAAUUCUAUAGUGAUACUGUAAUCUAAAUCUACAUUUAUAUUUUCAGCAUAAGAUCACUUCUCUUUCUAGAAAGCAACUGUUCAUAUAAGCCAGAUUUUAGGCAGGUACAUUGACAUCUUCCAUUUGUUUCAUAAAAUUUCUGACAGUAUGAAGUUUGUGAUUAAAGUGCUAUAGUUUAAUUGUAUUAAAAAUCAAUAAAUUUUGCUAGGUUUGUCAAGGUAGACCUUUGUUGUACUGGUAAUCUAUUCUGAAUUUGGAGAAACGCUUGUUCACAUUCAUUGGUAAUUUAAAAGAACAUCCUAAUACCUCUUUACCACGUUGUAAUUUCUUAAUUAUGAUUACAAAUGCUUUUUUGAUUGUUCACACUUAACCUUUCUACAGUGAAGGCAAUGUUAAUAUUUUUUUCAGAGUGAUUCCACCUAACCAAAAACAAGAAGGCCUGUUAUUGCUCUUUUUACACUGCUAGACAAACUUGGUAUCCAGACUCACCUGCCAUAUUUGCCCAUUAUGAGAUUUAGGCCAUAGUUGCAAUAGGAAGAAAAUAAGAAUACGAUACCUCUAGAGAAGGUUGCGUUUGGGUUUUUUUUUUGGUAAGUUAGUUUUCAUCUAACUCCACACGGCAGCUUUGUACUUCAUGAAGACACAAGCAUCAGGAGAGUGGAGCAAGGGAAGCAAGAAUUGGUCUGUCCUAGAGGAGGGUAAGGUGGCAGUGGUGGUAACGAGCAGCACAGAGAAUGAGCUGUGCUGGGGCGACCUGAUCUUAUGCAGGAGUAACAUGACAACGUACUGCAGCAAUCAACAGUGAGAAAAACUCAGGUUUAACUUGCUGCCUUCACAUGAAUUAAAGUUUUCCUUUAGUCUGAAGAGAUGUAGUACAGUCAGAGUCAAGUGUGACUGAGCCCCAGCUACCAUCUCUCUUUCUUAGUGUAUUUUAAGAUGUGAUGUGUUAAAUUGAGGAGAACACCAUGCACUGUAGCCACUAUGCAGUGAAGUGAGCAGGUAACUGUUUAUACCUGUUGGGGUAGACAUAGUCACUAUGAGGUAAUUUUAUUGCACAAGAGAGAAAGGAGAUUUCAGCUAUUAAGUAAAUUUCUGUAUAGGACAUCUCAUGGUAAAAGUCUUUAAAGUGAAUGCGUUAAUGUUUGUUGCAUAAUAAUCUUUGAGCCAUCAUCAUGCAUUGUGUCAUAGCAAUGCAAUAGGGUGUUUUGAUACUCUGUAUUCACUAGUGGCUGAGUAAUGUUCAAGCAUAUAGACCUCAGAUCUGUAUGGCUGAUAAACAUCUUGGGUUCAUUUUGCUUACCUUUUUUUUAUUUUAUCUGGGUGGUGGUGGGGAAGUGUUCUGAAUUUUCAGUCUUUACAUCCUUUUCACUAAAAACCUGAAAAGAAACCAAGGAUAUAAUUACAGGUAUGUAGCCUCAUCAGGCUUUGGGUCUUUGCAUCAGUGUCUGAUUUUUAAAAUGGUGUAAACAGGUAAUCUUUAGGCACAGAAAAAGUAAGUGGAAAAUAAAACCCACUUCAGAGGUUUGUAAUUGUUUUUACAUUAGUGCUAAAUAUUUUGCAGUUAUCCAUAAACUUGCUUAAAUUAAUUAUAGUCAGAUUUAUUGUAUUCCAUUAAUAACUCUCAUGCUAAAACAUACAUCCAAUAUUGGCAUUUAAUUAGAUAGCAGUCCAUUCUUAUUAUUUUUGUCAAUAUAUUGCUCAUGAGCAAGUGUACAGCGUAAAACGUAAAACCCCAAUACCUUUCCACAAAAUUGUUUCCUGCAAAGGUGACUCAGUUCUGUCUUAAGCAAUUAUUCCUGGCCAUAAGCAAAAGGUUGUGAUGUUUAUCAAAUUUAUAAAGCUGCCUAAUGUAUUCUAUAGGUAACCUUGUUGUUAGUUCAGACAUGAUUAGAUGUGCCAGUUGCAUUGAGGAAGGAGAUCCCAGUGGAGUCCAGUUUAAGGCAAACACAUCUGCAGAUGAAGGUGUGAGAAGUGUCAGGUGUUAUUUUUAUCUUUAAGAGACAUUUACAUAGUUGAACUUUGUUAUGGUCUUAAUUCUAAAGGGCAUUUAAAUAUGUAUGCACAAUCUUCUGUAAAUAGCUGGAUUUUCUGGCCUGCUACAUGUGGUUUAAGCUGUGUAGUGCUGCGUAAGCAAACAAAACUGUGAAACUGGUUUAGCAGAAUUUAGUCAUUAUGGUACUGUACUCUAUGAUACAGAUUUACUGUAAUACAUUGUAUGUAUUUUAAGGAAAGCAUAAUUAUUAACAUAACUCAUACACACACACACUCUUGUGUAUGUAUAUUUCUGAAGGAAACUCUCAUGUGCCUUCAGAUAUAAGUAAUUCCUGUUUCUUCACAGAAGCAGUAAUCUACAUCAGGGUCAUAUGCAUGUAAAUGUAAGCGAUGUUUACUGAGAUAAACAGAAGACAGACUUACCUACAUACAGAUACGAAAAGGCUGCUAUUUCUCAGUUAUAUGAACCAAUUGGUAAUUAUUUCAAGGUUUUUUUUUUUUUUUCCUCUCGUAAGUUUUAAGUAGUAGUUGUAUCACAAACUGUUGUUGCUGUUUCAUCUUGCAAAUAAGUAUUGUGCUUACAGCAGUUCACCAUACGAUUCUUGUCUUUUUUACAGAUGAUAUGAAGAUUGAAAGUUGAGGGGAGAGUGAUUAUAUACUUCUUUACACCAAUGUUUUUCUGAAAGUGUGGUUAAACCUCCAUCGGUGAUAUUAUGCUGAUGCAGUAUCAUUUCUGACAGCCUGAAGGGAAUGAAUUAUUGUCAUUGAAAACUGUUCCAUUAGCUGAUUUAUUCUUGAGAGAUAAUUAUUAUUGUCAUUAUCAUAUGUUAUUGGAGUUUGAUUUCAAAAUGAACUCUUGCAUUUCCUUAAAUGUCCUGGGAGAGUUCUAUCUAAUAAAUUAAUGUACAUACA